CGGCAGUGGCGGCGGCAGCGGCGGCUGGAGCCUCUGAUUGGGUUUCGGGGUCCGGUACUGGAGCCAAUCAGCGCGGGCAGCGAACCGGGGGAGCGAGGCACGGAGUGCAGUUCGCAGUCUUCUAGCACCUCCAGAGCAGAACUCACUGUGGACGGGAUUCUAACAUGGAGCAGUAUACAACAAAUAGCAAUAGUUCUACAGAGCAAAUUGUUGUGCAGGCUGGACAGAUUCAGCAGCAGCAGCAGGGUGGUGUCACUGCUGUCCAGCUGCAGACUGAGGCCCAGGUGGCAUCCGCCUCAGGCCAGCAAGUCCAGACUCUCCAGGUAGUCCAGGGGCAGCCAUUAAUGGUGCAAGUCAGUGGAGGACAGUUAAUCACAUCGACUGGCCAACCCAUCAUGGUCCAGGCUGUUCCUGGUGGGCAAGGUCAAACCAUCAUGCAAGUACCUGUAUCUGGGACACAGGGCUUACAGCAGAUACAGUUGGUCCCACCAGGACAGAUCCAGAUCCAAGGGGGACAGGCUGUGCAGGUACAGGGCCAACAGGGCCAGACCCAGCAGAUAAUCAUCCAGCAACCCCAGACAGCCGUCACCGCCGGCCAGACUCAGACACAGCAGCAAAUCGCUGUCCAAGGGCAGCAAGUGGCACAGACUGCUGAAGGACAGACCAUAGUCUAUCAGCCAGUUAAUGCAGAUGGCACUAUCCUCCAACAGGUUACAGUCCCUGUUUCAGGCAUGAUCACCAUCCCAGCAGCCAGCUUGGCAGGAGCCCAGAUUGUUCAGACAGGAGCCAAUACCAACACUACAAGCAGUGGGCAAGGGACUGUCACUGUGACACUGCCAGUGGCAGGCAAUGUGGUCAAUUCAGGAGGGAUGGUCAUGAUGGUGCCUGGGACUGGCUCUGUGCCUGCUAUCCAAAGAAUCCCUCUACCUGGGGCAGAGAUGCUUGAAGAAGAGCCUCUCUAUGUGAAUGCCAAACAGUACCACCGUAUUCUGAAGAGGAGGCAAGCCCGGGCUAAACUAGAGGCAGAAGGGAAAAUUCCAAAGGAAAGAAGGAAAUACCUGCAUGAGUCUCGGCAUCGUCAUGCCAUGGCACGGAAACGCGGUGAAGGUGGACGGUUUUUCUCUCCAAAGGAAAAAGAUAGUCCUCAUAUGCAGGAUCCCAACCAAGCAGAUGAAGAAGCAAUGACACAGAUCAUCCGAGUGUCCUAACCCCAGGUCAUGUGAUGGAGCUGAUUGAGGUCAUAUUCCUUGCCACUUUUCCAGGAAAUUGGUCAACUCUUCUGAUGGGACACUCAUAAUCAUAUUCUGUCCUUUUUUAUAGGACAGAAACCACUUAGUUUUUAAUAAGUGGCUCAGUAUUAUAAUUGCAGCAAUGUCUGCCAGUUUGAAGUUGCAAGCCUUUGUCUCACCCAUUCAGUCAGGACCUAUUUCAGACUGUUGAUGACAUUGACAUUUCAUAAAUUAGGAUGAUACAAGGGACCCAUGCCAGCCCAGCAGUACCAAAUACAGCACUUAUAUUGACUUGAUGAAGCCAGCCACCCAUCUCAACGGAGAAGAGCAACCUUCUCAACCUAAACUGCAAACAGGGAAUCCACAGCCCACUCUUUCCCAUAGGAAUUUGGUUAGACAGUUUCCAGCCCUCUGGUGGGAUUUCAGUCUUAAUUAACUACGGACACUUUGUAUUCAGAGAUGACUUCCAGGCAAAGAAGUUCCAUCUUUUGAUAUGGAAACAAUAAAUUCUCUGAGAUA